AUGCAUCUGCAACAAAGUUCCCGCGUCCACGUCCCGUUCUGCCUGCAGGCAGCUGGCGCGGCGUUUCUCCGCGUCUCCCCGCCGAGCCUCUGGCUGCUCGGGGGCCCUUCUCCGUCCGUAGGACUGCCCCCCUCUUCCACGGUGGAGUUGGUGCCUGUCUUCCCACACGUCUGCACAGCCGCUCUCCCUCACCCUGUUGGGAAAAGCUGGAUAGACAAACGGAUUCCUAACCGUAAGAUCUUUUUAAAUAAUUCCUUUGCUCUGGACUCAACGUGGAUAUAUCCUGAGGAAUCAAGAUUGUUCCAUGGGUACGAAAAGCCUCAUUUAUUGGCAAAUCAAGUAGCCGUGUCUCUGUCCAGGCCGACUCCCGACUCCAGGCCGCUUCCUACCGCGGUGUUAGCACCUCAGCCUAUGCCAGGUGGCCGCCAUAGCAGCCUGAAGCCCGUCAGCAGCAGUCCCACCAUCACCAUCGCUGCCACUGCGGCCAUGGUCUCCGUGGACCCUGAGGGACGUGGGGGCCCGUCACCCUCCAGCGUGCAGCCCCGCCACUUCCUGACACUGGCACCCUUCAGAAUACCCCUGCGGGCCGCCCCCUUCUCUGAAAGAAGCCGGGAGCGAGGCCCAGCGCCCUGCGCCCCCGCCCUGGUGCUGCGUGCGGAGGGGAAGAGCAUGGCCGGGGAACAAGGAGACAAGGAACCUCCAUCAAUCCUGGUGACAGCAGAGGACAGCGCAGCAAAAGGCAGCCGACCGGUGGCCUCUACCCCUGUGCCCGGGUCCCCCUGGUGUGUGGUGUGGACGGGCGACGACCGGGUUUUCUUCUUCAACCCGACCAUGCAGCUGUCCGUGUGGGAGAAGCCCGUGGACCUGCGGCACCGCGGUGACCUCAACAGGAUCAUCGAAGACCCGCCCCACAAGCGUAAGCUGGAGGCGGCGGCAGACGACCACAGCGACGGGGCGAGUUCUGAGGACGCCGGGGAAGAGCCGAGUGGGAAAACCAAGAGGAACCGGACCGAAGGCCACAUGAACCCUGAGCCCGAGGAGGCGGACCAAGGGGACAAGGACACCAGGACGCCACCGCCCCAGAUCCUGCUACCCCUGGAGGAGAGGGUGACCCACUUCCGAGACAUGCUCCUGGAGAGAGGGGUGUCAGCGUUUUCUACCUGGGAGAAGGAAUUACAUAAAAUCGUGUUUGAUCCACGCUAUCUCCUGCUAAACUCCGAGGAGCGGAAACAGAUAUUUGAACAGUUUGUCAAGACAAGGAUAAAAGAAGAAUACAAGGAAAAGAGAAGUAAAUUGCUGCUAGCCAAAGAAGAAUUCAAAAAACUUCUGGAGGAAUCUAAAGUGUCGCCCAGGACCACGUUUAAGGACUUUGCCGAGAAGUAUGGCCGGGAUGAGAGAUUUCGACUUGUUCCCAAAAGGAAGGACCAGGAGCACUUUUUCAACCAAUUCAUACUCAUUCUUAAGAAACGGGACAAGGAAAACAGACUCAGGCUACGGAAAAUGAGAUGAGUGUGUAAACAAUGCAAUAAGACUGAGAGUUGCAGAGCGUCGGGCAGAAGUGGGGGGCGGUGUCCGCACGGUGGGGAGGGUGCACCCGGCACCAGGGAGGGCUCAGUUCUCAGAGGAUUACUGUUUCAUAUUGAAGCUCUUUUGUACAAGGUUCAGAGUUUGAUGCAUUUCUAAUUGCCAUGAUAUGUCGAUCCCUUAGUUGUGUUAAUUAUGCAAAUUACUUGUAAUAUAUACAGAGUAUAAAUCCACUGCAGGUUUGUAACUCAGAGGACACAGGCAUCAUCCAAACCAUCUCAAGGCAUUUUCAUGAGUUGAGUCGAUUAUCUGAAACUUUUCUGAAAACCUUUGUGAGUUACUUUGGUUCUUCAGGAGUUUGUGGUGUUGGGGAAUUCCUUGCUCAAGUGUCCCCACGUCUCGGUCUAGUUUUCUGAGUAGUAGCAAUAGGGUAUUUUACCAUUAAUCAUAGUGACAACUGUGAACAUCGGGUCACGUGACCAUGGGUCGCCCGCGGGUGUCCCAGGGUGAUGGCCUCGUCCCUGGGGCAUCAGGCCUGUAGAAUGGGCUGCACUGUCUGUCGGGGGUCCUACUGAAAAGAGAAUUAUUUUGUACAAAACCAUCAUAUUAGUAUUUCAGUUAUUUUUAUUGUAUGCCCAGAGUGUGCAUGAGACUUUUCUCAUCAUCUUUGUACAAAAAAUUUUAAAUUUUUUUGAAUUAAUAAAUAUUUUAAACCAG